AUGCCUGGAUCCGAGACGAAUGACAUGCAGCACGCGUCGCUGACGACGGUCACGAAAGGGCCGCCGCACCGACAGGGCGAGUACUCGGACAUCAGCGCACGGAUUCUCACUGCUCUCGAGAACAUGACGAGCCGCAUGGACCGACUUGAGAUGUCGCAGAUGAAAAUCGAUGAGAUCGAGCGCCUACGCGGCGCCAUCGACAGUGGACUGUUUGACUCCGCUCUCGGCAGAGAGAUUGGUGGAGGACCAAUGAACCGCGAAGCACUCGGGUUCAUACCGCCAAGACGAUCGCCUGAGACGCCAGCAGCUCCGCGGACACGUCUGCGAGCUCCGGUUAUGGGACAAUCGUUGUUCGAGCCUCUCGGUUUGCGAGUACCGUCACCGCAGCAUCAGCAACAGGCCCCGGCGAUGUAG